AUGCCACCCAAGCAGCCCCCCGCGCCCGGGGCGGACCCAGCGUCUCCACUCCAAGUCGCCAGGGGACCUGCUACCUCACCCAGCCGCCCCGAAAACACUGGAAACCUGGCCGAGUUACCGCCCCCCUCUGGGCACAGCAGAAAUCCCAGGGAAGACGCCGGCGCCCGCAGACACCCACCCCCCGGCAGCCCACCAAGCGGCCGCGGAAGCCGGACGCAGGCAUCCCACUCCGGCUCCGAGACCCCAUUAAACAGACCCUUCUCCCCGGACCCCAAAUACACUGCUGCCUCACCCCAGACACGAGAAACUGACGCCCAGUCCCGCUCAGCGGAUCGGCCCGACCUCAACCAUCUGCCCCUUGGAGACCCGGGACCUUGCGAAACUACACCCUUUGGCCCCAAAGAGCCCAGGACCCCGAUAAACGAACCCCUUGUCCCGGGACCCCGCUCCCCGCCUCAAGGAACACGGGUCACUCAUCAAUCUCCCGCGACCCCGAGCACCUGGGACCCUGGAAGCCGCCACCCACCUCACCCCCCGGCGGCCGCUACACCGCCCUUGGCGGCCGCAGCCCGAUGCCGCGGCACCGCCUCCGAGCCCCCUGCGCUCCCGCCCGCCGAGCCCCGCGCCCACCAGGCAGCCCCGCGCCGCCCCCGGAGCCGCCCCCGUCGGAGCCCGCCCGCCCGCCCGCGGCUCCGCGUCCCGCUCCCGGCGCCUCCUCAGCGGCGACGCGCUCCGCGCCUCCUCACCUGGUCAGCGUCGGGGGGCGAGCGGACCCGAGCGGACCGAGGAAGAGAAGCCCGCGCCACGAGAAGGGGCGGCCAGGCCUGCGGCUGCCGCAGUUGCAGCCUCUCCGCGAGGAAGCGCUGGUGUGAGGAGAGCCCGCCCGCUCCGCGCGCAGCCGGGAGACCGAGCCCCAGCCGUGGCCGCCGCUCUUCCCGCGAGAUCCGCGCCACGGCGAGGGGCGGAGCCACGGCGGGGCGGGGCGGCAGCGCGAGUGACAGCCCUGAGAGCCUAUUGGCGGCUGCGAGGAAGGUGGGACUCGGGGCACGUUACGGCCAAUAG